CCCCGCCCCCUUUACAGGUGUUGUAAUUUAAAUACCUUAACAAGUUCACGGACGCAUUUGAUGGGAACGAUAACGCCAGGCGUGUUAAACCACAAACAACGUUACGAGCCAAGCAAAACCAAAAUCAACAGUUUAAUUUUGUCUCAAUGCAAAAAUGAGUGACUCGGAACAACUUGACACGGAGAAAGAGAAGGAUAAAAGUUCGGAGCCAGAGGUGGAAUGGACGGGCAAGUGGAGCGACACCGAGUCGAACGGCAUGGAGCAGUGCGGUUUGUUGGAGGAGAUGGCCGAGGAGGACGAGGCGAUGGAUCUGCACAACGAAGAGACGUUCGGAACGGAUGACCCAGACAUGGACGGUUGUGACAUCCUUGGAGCAUCUAUGCCAGACGAGGAUGAGGAGCCCCAAAUACAGGACGGGGAACCCCCAGGAUCCCCUGUGCCUCAGCGGGCGAAGACCCCUGAACCCCAGCCUCCAUCUCCACCCCGGUCGCCAUCCCUCCCCGUCCCCCUCUCCUCCUCCACCCCACCACCGCUACUCCCUCUGCCUGACAGGCGUCCCACCACCCUCCCCCUGUCUUUACCCCUGCCCCCGCCAGAUUCGGUGCCCAGCUUCCAGCCCCGAGGCCUGGACACGCGGCCCAGCAGGGGUGUGUGGAUAAGGGGCGGGCGCAGCCAGAGGGCGAGGGGCAGCCGGGGGGAAAUAUUUGAAGACCCGGCGGUGCUGAAGGGCAUCAAGGCAAGGCCCAGUCUCAAGAGCAUGGACAGUGCCAUAGUGGAUUGUUCCGACUCCUCACUAUGGGAACAGUUUGGCUUCAGCUCGUGGGUGCCACCCCCCCAGGCCUUUAAAGGGAAGUUUCCUGCCAAACCCAUAUUACAGGAUGACUCCAUUCUGGGUAUGUUUGAGCGGCCACCAUACGGUCCUCGUGUGCCCUCCUUCCCUCACUUCCUGCCCAAGUCCCACCCCUGCAUGCCCACUUCCUUCCCCGGUGGUAGGAGGGGCUUGCCCAGGGAUCCCCCGCCAACCCGUGCCUUCAACAACAACAACACCUGGUUCUCUCAGAUGACUCCCGGGGUUCCCCGCUCCUCACUGCGUCAGAGGACACCCUUUGCUCCUCAUCAGCAGUACAACCAGUCCUGCCCCACACCACAGCCCAUGACUCCUAAGAUGGCGCAGCCACGAUUCGGCCCCCAAUCUCCAAGGCCCUCCUUCUACAGCCCCUCCACCAACUCGCUGAACCGCUUCAGGUUCCCGGGCUCCGUGGCUCAGCUGCACCCACAGCACAAACGGCUGCUCAGCAUGAGGACUCCCAAACCACGCAGUUGUGUGCACAAGAGCUGGGAUCCCUAUUCCAACUUGAUGAGCGAUAAGGAGAAGGAGUGGAUCAUCAGACUACAGAUGAUUCAACUGCAGAGCGAAAACCCUCACCUAGACGACUAUUACUAUCAGGAGUACUACAAGCGACUGGAGAUUAAGCUAGCAGAGGAGAAGAGGGGAGAUUGGACCAAAAGGGACAACCCUAAACUCACCACACCCUACGUCACCAAGACUGAGUCCUAUUUGCCUGUGGUGCACAUCGAGGGAUCACUAGGCCAGGUUGCCGUGUCCACGUGCCACUCCCCGAGACGGGCGAUAGACGCCAUACGUGCUCACAGCCCGGACGAGGAGUUGAAGGACGUCAGGCAUCCCCGCAUUGAAGUUCACAUAGAGAAGCUCUUCAGUCUAUUGCUGGAGGUGGAGGAGGCAGAGAGGAAAAAGGGGCGUGUCUCGGCCGAGGAGAAAAUCCAAUUGGUUGAAGAUAUGGAGACCAAAGUGGAGCAGAUCUACUCCCAGAUACGACAUGCUAACUCACCAGACUGCAGUGAGGAGCUGCUGCCCUGUCUGCUGGUCUCCAAGGGGAAGCGCCUGUUGGCCCGUCUCCUUCCUUUCCUAUCCCAUGAUGCCGCGCUCUACGUCCUCACCACGGUGACCACACACCUGCCCCUCCUCAUGACCAAGGACCAAGACCAGGCGCUUCCGGUGCUGUACGCUCCUCUCCGUGAUGUCAUCUCCCAGUUGCCGUUUAGUCAGCUGAUUGCUGUGUUGAAGCAGUUCACCAUCAUAGACCCAGACACCAGCGAAAAUACCCUCAUGCUCGCCUGCCAGAACGAGUUUGGCCUGUCUCUGCUCUACGUGCUGCUGUCCCAGGGAGAGCGGAUCCUCUCCUCCAACCUCCCCAUACAGCCCAACAUCGGGGACUUCGAGAGCUGGACUGAUACGGUGUUCCAGGUAGCCCAGCAGUUGACCCAGUCCUCCCUGGUGGAGCCGCUCUUCCUGCCCCCCAACCUGCUGACGCUCUUCUGCAGAUACCUGGACAAGCGCACCGUCCACCAGCUCAAGACUAACUUGGAGUCUGCCUCCGGGUACCUGGCCGUGGCAUUGUGACCUCAUCGGAAGGGGAUUGGUCCACACCUGAAUUGCGAUUGGCUGACAACACCCGUCCAUGGAGACUGAACGCCAUACCCAUUGUGUUUGUUUUGAGUGUACAUGCAUGGAUGUUCAUUUCCAUCUCUGUGUGUGUAUUCUCAUUGAUGAAUAAUGAAUAUGAUUAAUUACUGAUUAAUUAAAUUAAUGCCAUAUGUGUUAUGUGACCUGUGUGUCAUGAACUGGACAUAGACAUCUGUCCAAAAGAUCUGUGCAGUAUUUGUGAAGGGUGUGUAUCACAAAUACUUUUUGGUCUUUUUCAUUUUUUUUCUCCAUGUCACCUUAUUCCUUCACUUAAUCACACUUCCCCCUUUUCAAACCUGUUUCCUGAUUAUUGAUUUUUUCCCCCUUCUUUUUUGAAGAUGAUUCUCUGUACAAUUAUGUAUAUGUGUAUAUUAUUAAUUAUUAUUAUAUGUAUUUAUGUGUUCAAAAGCCUUCAGGCUUUGGGCUGCAAGGCUGCCCUUGUGUAUGCACAGCGCAGGUGUGCUCGUUCGCUAUGUUGGAGGCACUGGUCUUGGCUGAACUCACCUGACUUCAAUCUUCAAUCAAGUGUAAAAUUGUCUAUUUUGUUGGCUGUUUCUAACCGAUAAGUCAUGCAUUCUUGAUCUGAAAUGGGUUUUAGGAUUGCCAUACUAAAACCAUGUGGUAUACUAGUGUUUAUAUCACAUUGUUCAACCAACGUUCACCAUUUCAGAUGCUGAAUGCAUUGCUGUAAGGCAAUAGCCAGCCGGGCAGCCACAGAAGUUGUAAUGAGUUUUUUUUUUUUCUGGGUCCUUGGGUUGAGUGGCCUUCACCUGCACUGCUGUUUGCAACCAGUAGAUGAAGCUACUGAGUGUAUCUUGAAAACCCAGGACCAUUUUCUAUCAUUUUCCUAGCUUUUCUUCCCCCCUCUUUUCCUCCCCUAAUGUUUUAGCUGUAUGCAUUGGGUUGCUGUAGUUUAUUUAAAUGACUAGGUUCUCUUCAAUCUAACUUUCAAUGUGAAAUGUUGGCUUUUGACCUCUGCGUAGCAGGUAGGAGUGAAUAAUAAUUAUUAUUGCUGUAUAUUGAUCUGUCCUCUCAUAUUUGGAUGUAAAAUAUCAAUAGUGCCUUAUUGCAUGAAUGUUAUUUCUGUAAUUUAUUUUAUUUGCCCAUUUUGCUUUAGCUGGAAACAGAUGUAUGAUUUAAAUGUGCACUCUCUUCAUGGUGUAUAGCACUUGCAGUAUAAAACAAAUAAAAAAAACAUAAAACCUUU